AUGCACGCAAUCAGACACACUCUCGCACGCAACCACCACAGUAUGGAGACGACAGCUAUGAUCGUCUGUAAUCUCGACAAGGACAAGGUACAAGUAGUUCCCACAGAGGGAGGGGAUCUCAAGGCCAGAACACGAGAGACGCAUAUGGGAGACCGCCUUCUACGCCGAAACUACAACAACAACUCACCCCGUGGCAACGGUCAACCUUACGAUAGCGACUACAACGGUAGGUAUGGCGGGCAGGAGUACAGCAGAUCAUCGUACAACAAUAGAAAACCAAGCAAUCGACAGCCAUACCAUGCAUUCGAUGAUACACAGUAUGGCAAUGCAGGCCAUCACAAUGGGCCACAGGGCAAUCCUCAGCACAAUCGCACACAGUACACCAACAAGCAACGCAACAACCACAAUGCCUACGAUGUUCAACACAACAUCAACAGACAAUACGUGAAUGGCAACCACAGCAGACAGUAUGCGAAUGGUCACCACAACAGACAGUAUGCGAAUGGUCACCACAACAGCCAGCUCAGCCACACACUGCACAGAAAGGGCCGGUCCAAGAAUCGGUCGGUGUACAACUACGGGGAUGGCGGGAGGGAUUCUGAGUAA